AUGGCUUUCGCACUUGCCGUCUACUCCCUGUCAGCCCGCGCUCCUCAAGAUGGCACGUCGAACACGACAGAAUGCCUGCCAUCGUGCGCGAAACAGUACAGGAGUCUACCUGGGAUUGUUCUGAGCUGUCUCACUACAAUCUUUUUAUGCAUCUGGGUGGCGCUUCAUCUCAACGUUCCCGAGCCCGUGGAUACCAGAGGCUUGGACCGCUUCGAGCGAUUCAAAGUCUGGCUCAUGUCGUUUAUUAGAUGCACCGUGACUCCCAUUCUUGUGACCCUAGUGUUCCCUGAAUGGGUUUUGGGUAUGGCCGUUCUUCAAUUCCGUAAGGCCACUCAACUGGCCAAGAAGAUUGGUGGCACACGCCAACAAGGAUUCUUCAUCUUAAUGGGUGGCUUUCAUCUCUUUAAACGAAGCCAGGGGUCUUUAAGGGAUCAGAUCGAGGCCAUACAGAGGGACGGAGAAGAAAACCAUCCACUGGUCAAAUUAUCGGGGGCGGAAGAGGGAGAUGGUCGACUUCGCGAUGCGCCAAAUAACAAAGCGACCCGCCUACUCGAAGAGGAAGCCGGAGAGCCUGUUCAUCCUCUUGAUGAAUUUGAUGUGUGUCGCCUUAUCGACACUGGCAAACUCCACUUCCCUCCCUCUGCCGAGCUACUGGACAGGUGCAAGAGCGACGGACUCGCAAAGUUCCUUGUCAUCGUCCAGACCCUAUGGUUCAUCGCUCAGUGCAUCGCACGGAAAGUCAGCAAACUCCCACUCACCGAGCUUGAGGUCGUUACGCUUGGCUAUACUCUACUUACGGUGGGCAUGUACGUUGUCUGGUGGGACAAGCCCUACCGGGUAGCAUUCCCUGUGCGUGUGUAUGGAACACUCCCUGAGCGUACAGAAGAGCAAGAAUGGCUCAUGUUGAAGUCGUCGGACUGGUCUGAGAUGGUCGUUCAGUAUGCCUCGGGCACUCAGGGUGCGAGAGUGAAUAUUCGCGAACUCGCCGGCGCGAUGACCACAAUCAUUGUUGGGACAUUGUUUGGUGCUGUCCAUUUCCUUGGGUGGUCAUCGCCUUUUCCAUCCAGUCAUAUGCAAUUUCUCUGGCGAUUUGCGACAAUUGUCAUGACUGCAGUUCCGCCUGCUGCAGUCAUACUCACACUCAUCAUGGCAUCAAUUGAAGUGAUCUUCGACCUGGAUAACUCGUUCACUUACUCCCUAGUUCUAUUACCUCCACUCUACCUCGCUGGAAGAGGUAUAACCAUCGUGCUUGCGUUGGUGACGCUCGCAUCACUCCCACUUGAGGCAUAUCGGGAUGUGGAAUGGUCUGACUUCUUCCCCCACAUCUAG